AUGGAGCUGCCCUGCGCCUUCUUCCUCCUGUGGCUUGGCCUGGUGGGCAGCCUGGCUCAGAGUGACCCCAGCCUCAAGGGAGAGGAAUCUUACUCGGACUGGGGCCUGCGACACCUGCGGGGCAGCUUCGAGUCCGUCAACAGCUAUGUUGAUUCCUUCAUGGAGCUUCUGGGAGGCAAGAACGGGGUCUGUCAGUACCGGUGCCGAUAUGGAAAGGCGCCGAUGCCCAGACCUGGCUACAAACCUCAGGAGCCAAAUGGUUGCGGUUCCUAUUUCCUGGGUAUCAAGGUACCAGGAAGUAUGGACUUAGGCAUUCCAGCAAUGACCAAGUGUUGUAACCAGCUGGACGUCUGCUAUGACACCUGUGGUGCCAACAAAUACCGCUGCGAUGCAAAAUUCCGAUGGUGUCUUCACUCCAUCUGCUCCGACCUCAAGCGGAGCCUUGGCUUUGUCUCCAACGUGGAAGCAGCCUGUGAUUCUCUGGCUGACACUGUGUUCAACACCGUGUGGACCCUGGGUUGCCGGCCUUUUAUGAACAGUCAGCGGGCAGCUUGCAUCUGUGCAGAGGAGGAGAAAGAAGAGUUGUGAAGAUGAGAUUCUUCCAGGCUUUGAGUGGCACCACACGGCUGUUUCAGAGAUGGCGGUGUGAUAGAAGUACCGUCCUUUCUUCCAACCCUUGGAGACUAUGAGCUGGAGAAGGGAGGCGGCAGGCCUUGUCCUUUGAGGAAGGUUAAGAAAAAGAUAUGCAGAGACUGAAGACUGUCCACUCUAACACUGGUCUCCCAGCCAAGACACGUGUGCCUGGAAAUUCAGUUCUUAGGUGAAAGAUAACAGCAAGCACAUCCCGCCGUCCCUAGAUCCGAACACGAUAGUCACAAGCGAAAUCUGGGGGAGCCCAAACACUUGUGAGACAAUGACUUUCCUCUGGCCCAUGUUUCAGUUGCCAGUUAGUACCUCACAUUUAAUAAAGUGUACUUUUUAGAAAA